CCGGCCAAUCAGCGGUCGGUAAAUAUUUCCGGUCAGGCCUCCAAGCCGAAGCAGCGGUAGUCGAGUGUGUGGACGAUUUUACUUCGUAUCUUCGGCUUAUUAUACACAAAUAAUGCCGUAUGCUAACCAACCCACGGUGAAGAUCACAGAACUGACAGACGAAAAUGUCAAGUUUGUCAUUGAAAACACUGAUUUGGCGGUUGCGAACUCUAUCCGCCGGGUGUUCAUGUCAGAAGUUGCCACUAUAGCGAUCGACUGGAUCCAGAUUGAUGCAAAUUCCUCUGUGCUACAUGACGAGUUUGUUGCACACAGAGUUGGUCUCAUACCUCUCACGAGCGAUGACAUUGUGGAAAAAAUGCAGUAUUCCAGGGACUGUACAUGUGAGGAUUUUUGUGCAGAGUGUUCUGUUGAGUUGACCAUGGAUGUUCGAUGCACUGAAGACCAGACACGCCACGUCACCUCUCGAGACCUUUUGUCGAAUAACCCCAGAGUCAUCCCUGUGACUUCCAGGAGCAGAGACAACGAUCCUAAUGACUACGUUGAACAAGACGACAUUUUACUGGUGAAGCUUCGUAAAGGUCAAGAACUGCGGCUCAGGGCGUACGCUAAGAAAGGCUUCGGUAAGGAGCACGCCAAGUGGAACCCCACAGCAGGGGUUUCCUUUGAAUAUGAUCCUGACAACGCUCUGAGACACACCGUCUUCCCACGACCUGAGGAGUGGCCCAAGAGUGAGUACUCAGAGAUUGAGGAGGAUGAGGUUCAGGCUCCCUAUGACCCCAAUGGAAAGCCAGAAAGGUUCUAUUUCAACGUGGAGUCCUGCGGCUCCCUACGACCGGAGACCAUCGUCAUGUCUGCGCUGGCCGUCCUCAAGAAGAAGCUGAGCGACCUGCAGACCCAGCUGAGCCACGAGAUCCAGAGUGACGUGCUCACCAUCAACUGAGGGCCGACCCCUCUCAGAGCAGGACAUGCAUUCACACAGAUCUGUCACCAUCAGAGAGCGGAGUCAGGAGCAGGGCCCAGAUCACAUUACACGCAUCCAAACACUGUUUACAGACUAAAAGAAUACUUCUUGUAUAACAGCCUGGGAUUCAUUGAUUCGGUGAAAAUUUGAACCAGUGAGAGUGUUAACGGUUUAAAAAACUUUUGUUCAAUGAGUCGGUGUAAGAAUCAGUCUCUUCUUUUAAAGUCAUUCAUCUACUAAGUUGCAAAUGAAGUAAAAAUGAGUUAAUUCAUUGAAAUGAUGUCAUCACCAACAGGGAUCGUAACAUGAGCGGUGUGUGUGUGUGUGUGUGUGUGUGUGUGCGCUAAAGCAUCCGAUGCAGGGUCAGUGUCUGAAAGAGGGGUUGUCUCAGAAUGACACAAACUGUGUUUUGUUAGAUAAUACGUUUGUUUAAUGUGACUUUUUAAAUAAAUAUGUUUGAGAAAA